GUUCUGACGGGAUCUGUCAAUUUUGCCAAGCAUGAGACAUACUAAGCACGGAAAAGGGACAGCGCCCACCGGUGUCGAAUCUAAACCGUUGACACAUUGAAGGAUUCCUCACCUGUCUCCGUCCCUUUGGCUCUCUCGAUUCGUUUUACAUAAACUUCCCAUGCUACCUACUCCAGAACCAUUUGCACCAAGGGCUUGGAGCCUUCUUCCCUCUUCGCUGCCGUUGACUCUGAAAGAGAAUAUCACUCAUACCCCGAGAACCCCGAACGCUCAACCUCAAGUGGACAUGUGACCGUCAUCAACAUUCCAUAUUCACGAUGAGAUUUCCACCAACCGAAGUCAUCUUGUCAUGGCCGGCUCCAAACUAUGUCGACCCCGUUCAAAGAGGACCGGCACUCCUCAUUAUCGAGCUGACAUCGCUGAGCGUGGCGUUGAUCUGCCUGGCUUUACGACUAUACGUUCGGCUCUUCAUGAUACGAAGGAGCUGGUGGGAUGACUGGCUAAUGGUUGCUGCUGUAAUCUUCUGCAUAUCCGUUACAGUAUGCGUGAUCCUUGCGACCCAACUGUACGGAUGGGAUCUCCACGUGUGGGACCUGACUCCCGUUCAACAAAGACUGGGCCGCCAGGUAUCUAUCGCUGGCCAAACUCUGUUUUUAUUUGCAUCAGGCCUCUCGAAGCUUUCUAUCCUCACAAGCUAUCUGAGAAUAGCCCCUCUCGGAUCAUGGUUCCGAAAGCUGACGUGGGUUACUAUGGGCUUCGUCUUCGCCUUGAUGUGGAUAUUUCUUAUCGCUCUUUGGACUCAGUGCUUACCCGCAUGGCACUAUUGGGACUUGUUCGUGGAGAACCGCAACUGUAUCGAAGAGUGGCCACCUCUGGCAGGCCAAACCAUCACCACGGUCUUGACGGACUUUGCCGUCUACAUUCUGCCUAUGCCUACACUAUUCAAACUUAGGCUACCGAUGAUGCAACGACUUAUCCUCAUCAUUCUCUUCAGUCUCGGCACAGUCGUUGUUGUGGCUGGGGUUAUGAGGACAUAUUGGGCUCAUUUCGUUGAGAAAGAGACUUACGAUGUGACAUGGGACGGGUUUGAACUUUGGAUAUGGACGGCUCUUGAGGCAAAUCUUGCCGUGGUAUGCGGAUGCGUGCCCGUUCUUAGACGUCUGCUGCCAUCCAUGUCAGGUAGCAAGGACUCGAAUGUGUCUGAAAGCGCGGCCCCGCCGACGAUUGGAUCUGGCAAGAGGCGUCAACAAAAGUUGGACGAUCUUGAAAUUGAGGUAGAGAGUCUUGCGCUGGAUCAUCCCAAUGCAGCAUCAACGACGGAUGGCGAGUCUGCGGAUAUGCAGCCAGCGGGUUUAAGUCCUGGGUGGUCCCCGAUACGGGAUCCUUGGGGCAGGCCAAAACUUCAGCAGACCCACUUGGGGAUGCACUGAUAACUAACUUUACAUGUUGCGUUAAUAAUCUUGUAAUAA